CUCUUGUUUAGUCUUUUAAUUAGUAAUUAUGGUAGGAAAUUAAUAUAUUUAUUUUGUAUUUCGUCUGCAUAGAAUGACUUCCGUCAUGUCCCUGGAAAAUGCAACAUUUGUUCGUCCGUCCACAUUUUACAUCAAUGGAUUUUACAACAUGCCACAUGCAAAGUAUUAUUAUAUAUUCAUGUGCUUUGUGUAUGCUGUGACCAUUUUAGGUAAUUCUUUAAUAAUGGGCACUAUUUACCUGGCUCGUGCUCUUCACACAGCAAAGUAUAUAGCUGUGUUCAACCUGGCCCUGUCUGAUUUGUGUGGAAGCACUGCUCUUAUUCCUAUGUAUGCAGACAUGUUGUUGGUUGAAAACCAGUAUAUAUCUUAUGGAGACUGUCUGGCAAGUAUGUUUUUUAUUUUUACUUUUAUGACUAUGCAGUCUUUUACUCUGCUUGCUUUGGCCUUUGAUAGAGUCAUUGCUAUAUGUUUUCCUCUGAGGUAUCAUGCUAUUGUCACCAAAACUACAAUGAUAAAGAUGCUUGGUGUUAUGUGGCUUUUCACUUUGUCUUUUAUUUCUGUUGUUGUAGUCCUGAUUACCAGACUGUCUUUCUGUAGAUCUACCACAGUAGACAGCUAUUUCUGUGAUCAUGGACCCAUCUUUAGACUCGCCUGUAAUGACAAUUCCCCUAAUCGUAUAAUGGCCUAUGUCUAUACUUCUGUUAUGCUUGGUAUUCCAUUGUUAUUAAUAGCAUGCUCAUAUGGUUGUAUUGGUUUUGCAUUGUAUAAGAUCUCAAAUGGUGGUGAGCGAAUGAAAGCUAUGAAAACAUGCACUUCCCACCUUAUUUUAGUGACUAUGUUUUAUCUACCAAUCACCAGCACUUACAUCACUGCUCUUACAACAUACAUUCAUCCAAAUGCCAGAAUAAUCAACUCUGUCUUAACACAAACAAUUCCACCUAUGUUAAACCCCAUCAUUUAUACUCUUAAGACAGAGGAGGUACUGCAGUCUAUUAAAGUACUGUACAAGCAAAUCAAAAUGAAUUUGGCCAUUAAAAAGCGUUGUGAAGUGCAAUAACACAAUUACCAUUAGAGGUCAGCAUAAAGCAGUAAAUCUUCCACUAAAAUUUUUAUGUAAUGUUAUUUUAUUGGAUAACUAUAAGUUUUUUUGAUUGGCUUAAAACUUUUACUGUUAACUCUUUUUUUUUACAUGAUAAACAGUUUAAAAUUAUAAAUAAAUAAUAAUAUUAAUAUAUAAAUUAUAAAGGUUGGACUGUUUGUAAGAAUCCUUUGUAUGUAAAUGCCAUGCAGUCAUUUUAACUUAGCAAUUCAAUAUGCAAUUUAUGUGUUUAAGAAAAGAAUACCAAAUCUAAAACAAAUAACACCAAGUAUAUUAAAUCAUGUAUUGUCAUGUGGAUAUCUGUAUACUGUGAGAAAAAAAAACUAAGGCAAGGUUCUACAUAAGUAAUGCUUUAUGAUAUUGUUAAAUGUGUUGUAUACUGUGUUGUAAAUAAAAUAUUGGUUUAUGAUUUUUGCAUUGC